AUGUCGCCUCUGCGGCAACAGCGGAGCUAUAUGUUUGUCUUACAAUGUCGCCGCAGCAGCGACAACGGAGCGCAAAAGGUUAGUUUUUCUGUCUGAUUUCUCGAACUGUUCGAGUCUUGCUUGGGUGAAAAUCGUAAUUCGUCGUACGGAUUUUAAAUCUAUUCGUUCGUUUAACUCGUCGAAUUGGGUAUACUAAUAUUCUCUUUUUUACAGUGGCAGACUUCGCAACGUAUUCACGAUCGAUUAAAGUGAUUGAUUGAAUCGUUUCUUGCAUUCGAUACAGGGGAGAUUUUCUUCGUGGCAUUCGAUUAAAGGUUAAUUUACUUGAUACUUUUUUUUUUUUUUCUUUAACGCGUUCUUUUUCACGUACUACUUACAUUUUUUAUUCGCCUUUUUCAGCAAUAUAUAUCGCGUCUUUGUUAAAUAUAUAAAUUAAUUGUACUUUGAAUCCAAUAAUCCAACCACUGAGCAAUAUCCAAUCUAUCCAAUCCGUGCACGUAAUGUUCGUGCUUGUUGCAGUUUCGAAAGAUUUCAGAAAAGAGUCAAUUGUAUCGCCACGAUUCGAACGAUAUUUUGAAUAAGAAAGGGAAUCGGAAAUAAAAAAUCUAUGAAAUCGCAGAUCGAAUCCGGAAUAGAAUUGCUUGCGAGAUUGAAUAAAAAACCAAGCCUGCGUGGGCUGGAAGAUGCCUUAUUUUUCGAAGGCCCUCGGGGCACGGAUAUCAUAGAAAUUAGUGGGGUACAGUCAUCCGGUAAGACUCUGCUUUUGUCUCAGAUGCUGGCGAAAUGUAUCUUACCGAAUUAUCGUGAGAUCAAAGGCUGUAAUGCUUCAGCUAUCUUGAUAAACACCGAUCAUCAUUUUCAAAUAUCAAAAUUGGUAGAAUUGAUGAGCAAUAUCGUAAACGCAGCUACUGAUACAGCAUCGUUUACGGCAACUGACGUUGCAGUCGACGUGGAGUUUGAUAAGAGAGCUGUGAUUAAAAAUUCUUUGCGCAACUUGCACGUCGUUGAUUGUUACGACAGUGAACAAUUUGCCGUGACGUUACGUACGUUGGACGAUAUAUUCGUUGAUAACGCGAAAAUUGCACUUGUAGCUAUCGACAGUAUAACGGCAUAUUAUUGGCAAGAUUGCGAAGACAAUGUUAUCACAAUUGACGCAUACGCGAAGAAUUUGUUACGACUUGUGAGAACGCACACAGCUCGAUUUAAUGUCGCAACGGUAUACACCAAGUUAUAUAAAAAUAUCGAUAACAAAGGGAAAAAGCUUACGACGGAUAAUGCAAAUUAUAGAAUACAACUAUGCAAGGCGUGUAAUUCGAAAAAUUUUACAUGUACAUUAGAAACGACGCAAAUUGUUAGGAAAAUACAUUAUUCUAUUUUAUCCGAUGGUAUAAAAUGGAAGAUGGAUGAAAAAUAA